UAAAAAACGGUAAACACAUUUCGUUCAUGGGAUUUUUAUAAAUAUUAUAAAAAACUAAAAAACAAAAAGACAAAAGAAAGAAGAGUUCGUUUGAGAUGGUCUGGGCUGGUGGUUGCCUAAGCCCGUCAAGCCUAGCCCGUUCCUUAGCCCGCCAAUUUCGUUUUUUGGCCCAGCACUCCAGGUUCUUUUCUUUUCACAGUUUCUUCACCAGCAACCACUCCGGCCUCCGGCACCAGCUUUGCCGCCGCCCCACCUCCCCUCUCCGGUGCCAGUUUCGGCCAUUUUGGUUAUUUAGGUAAAUUAAACUUUUCAUCAUAUGCUUCUAUUUUAGGAUAAAGGGUGGAAGUGAUUUUUUUUUUGCUCAUAAAAUAGUGUUGAAAAAAUGGAUGCUCAAAGUUCUCUGUUGAGGUCUCAGUAUACAAUUUGUAAACCCUCCAUUCAUAAUUCGAUAGUCCCAUCAUAUUUAUCCACAACGCUAGUCGCUUCCUCUAGGACCCGCUGUUCUUUUGCUUUUAGUUCUUUAGCUACCAAGACAAAAUUGAAGUUUAGGGCAUGUGUUAAGGAAUUACAGAAUGAACCUGUUACAGAAGAUGAUAUGAAGUCCAAAAUUAGGAGGAAAAGUCUCGCCGUUUUUGUUUCUGGUGGUGGUUCCAAUUUCAAAUCGCUACAUGAGGCUGCUGUCAAUGGAUUUGUUCAUGGAGACAUUAAUGUCUUGGUCACUAAUAAACCUGACUGUGGGGGUGCCGCGUAUGCUAGAGACAAUGACAUCCCUGUGAUUUUGUUCCCUAAAUCGAAAGAUGGUUCUGGUUUAUCUCCAAUAGAUCUUGUGAAUGAACUGAGAAGCUACAAUGUCGACUUCAUACUCUUAGCUGGAUUUUUGAAGCUCAUACCUGCAGAAUUGGUUCAAGCUUUUCCGAGAUCCAUACUGAAUAUACAUCCUUCACUUCUUCCUGCUUUUGGAGGCAAAGGGUUUUAUGGUACGAAGGUCCAUAAAGCAGUCAUUUCUUCCGGAGCUAGAUUUUCAGGUCCAACUAUACAUUAUGUUGAUGAGGAAUAUGAUAGAGGACGCAUUCUUGCCCAAAGGAUUGUUCCAGUGCUUCCUAAUGAUACAGCUGAAGAGCUUGCUGGAAGAGUACUUCACGAGGUGCCAUACUUUAACCUUCAACGUUACACGCUAACUGGUUGUGAUGACCUAAAAUUAUUGGCUUCUUGAGAUUUGAUCUAUGGUUCUUGAUUUGAGUUCCUAGCAACACUACAUACAUCUUUGAACUCAAGAUGAACUGCUGUUUGGUAAUUUCCUCAUGUUAAAAUAUUUGUAGUUCCCCUUUACAGACACCUGACGACAUUGUUACGUUAGUUUUGCAUAAUAAUUGCCAGCCCACUGACAUGCACCUUUGUUAUUAGGAACACAAGUUAUACAGGGAAGUUGUAGCAGCAUUAUGUGAAGAGAGGAUAAUGUGGCGUGAAGAUGGUGUACCUUUAAUACAAUCUCGGGAAAAUCCCGAGCUAUAUAUGUAAUGGGGUACCCAGUGAUCGUGUCAUGCUGCAGAGUCUCAUGUAUCAUCAUAAUUUUAGAUAUCAAUUAAUACAAUAUGUACACGCUGAGUAUGCAUUUUGUUCUGGGGAUAAAAUUUUGCUCGAAACAUGGAACUGCUUGUACUUUAAUCUCUUGGAGCAGUGUACCUACACAUCGGCUUUUGGUUUCAAAGAGUGCAUUAGGAGGAAUGUAUCUGUAACACAGGUUUCUUUGGUUAUUCUUGUACGUAAGACGCAAGCGGACGGAGGUGUUCCCUCAGAAACAGAGAGGAAACGAUUGUAGCUUUUCAUUUUCAUCUCCACAGCAAUGUUACUACUAUUUGUUUUGGGACGGGAAGAGUAUAUAUAUACGAUUCCUGGAAAAUGGAGCUUUUGUCCGAAGAUUUACUCGUUCAACUUCUUAAGCUGAUAUAAGGCAAUUGGUAGAACAAAUGAAUUUUCAUCUGAAAAGCUGGGCUAAUCAUGCAAGCUGACCAGCAUUCAGAAGUGAAGCAAUUCUCAUGUAUUGAUUUCAUCAGCAUAACCAAAGGGGCCAAUUUGCGCGCAGCAGCCUUUUGAUUGGGUUGGGUUGGGUUAGUUGUGCGAUCUGCUAAGACCUUGUUUUUGUGUUAUAAGCACUACAUCUACAUUUGUUGAGUUCUAUGAUUAAUAAAC